AUGGAUCCGCGGCUACUCGAUCUCCAGGACCAAAACUCCGGCGAGCAUCAGGGUGUGGGGUCCACUGAUGCUCCGCCACUGUCAAAUGCCCACUGGAACGACUUUGACGAAUUCAUUAUCGAUGAGUUACCUCAUGUAGAAAGUCAGUCAGGCCUUUCUGGGCUCGGCCCUCAGGCUGCCGGCGAAAUUCCAGCUGGAGACCAGCCGACUAUGGCUCGGGAGCACAUAGGCGCACAUUCUGCCGGUGUCCCAUUUGACGCUCACAGUCUCUAUCAUGAUUCUCCCCUAGUCACUGACAGUUCAUUCUUGCCCCUCACAAACUUACACGGCGACCAAUCGCUGGAAGACCCGACUACGUCUUACCUUAGUGACUUUUCCCAAGGAUCUGGUGCUAGCCAUGGGUUGAGUCACCUGCCCCAUUCAAAUAUCCUGGCGCCGGAUACAAGGACACCUGAAUCUCCUCAGUUGUCUACAGCCAGAAGCCCUGUACCAGGUUACGGUUCUCAUGUGCGAGGUCAAGUCAACGCCAACCAAGGCCUCCCAAGGCGCAGAAGUCGAUACCAGCUUUGCCGCUCUGGGGCAGCACCCGUAUUCAUCCCAAACUCGAUGAACGCACCCGAUCCCAUGCAACGGUGGCAGGAUUCACCGCCUGAAGAUGAGCCGGCAUCAAUGUCAGCUAUAGCAAAUGCCUUGAAACGCCAGCAAACCCAAGAUUCCCGUAGAGGGAGAUCGAGAUCUGGUAGUGGGGCUAAUUCUCCGAAGCAUGAUGCCUUUCGCGAUUAUCGCCGGCCAAAAUCUACGGCCAGUUCCAUAAGUGGUACCAGCGCUUCAUCCAACCAAUCUGCUUCCUCGAGUAGAUCCGCAACAUCAGCAGGUGCUCGAAAUGGACUCGGUCCUUCAAAAUCGCAUGGUCGCGUUCGGAAAACUCGUCGGGAUCAGACCAAGGGACCGACGGGUGAGACGCAUCGUUUAUUCUGCUGUACGUUUUGCUGCGAUCGGUUCAAAACUAAAUACGACUGGGUUAGACAUGAGGGGUCUCUGCACUUGAAUCUCCGAUCAUGGGUCUGUACACCCCACGGAGGCAGCGUCGUCUCUUCCCUCACGGGAAGACAGCAUUGUGCCUAUUGCAAUGCAUUAGACCCAGCAGAGGCUCACCUUGAACAACACAAUAAUCGUGCUUGUUUGGAUAAAACCCGGACUUUCAGGCGAAAGGAUCAUCUCGUCCAGCACCUGCGGCUUACGCAUCAUUUGGACACCAUCCCACUCAUAGAUGAUUGGAAGAUAGAUAGCACGGCGGUUACAUCUCGUUGCGGCUUCUGUGACCAUCGACUGGAAAGCUGGGACGAGCGCACUGAGCAUUUGGCAAACCACUUCCGUCAAGGAACUACCAUGGACGAUUGGCGUGGUGAACAUGAUUUUCCAAGCUCAGUUGCUGCUAAAGUUACCAACAAUUUGCCGCCCUAUCUUAUUGGGGCAGAAUCGCGCACCAUGGUCCCGUUUUCGGCGACGAAUUCAACUGUCAAGGAUCAUUUUGCCCAGAUCUCCUCGCGCGCCGACCAGGUUCGUCCAGAAGAGACUCGUGCUCAUGAGACACCCCUAGUAUCCUCAUUCCAGCAACUUCAAACAAACGACGUGCCCCUGAGUACUUUCGCCCAGAUCCUCACGUCACAUCUAAGCCGCUUUGCUCGGAAUCAAAUGGAACAGGGCGUAUUGCCUACCGACGAAAUGUUUCAGCAAGAAUCUCGGCGAGUACUUUAUGACUCGGAAGACUCGUGGAAUCAAACCGUUGCUGAUAAUCCAGAGUGGCUGUCUGAUUUUCGGCGUCAACAUUUGAACAAGCCACAAGAUACGCAACCAGGUAUCGAGGAUAAUUGA